AGAAUAACCCGAAAGAGAAAUACGUAUCGAAAAAUGCACAUUUGAAAAUAGAUUUAAUUAAUUAUUUAAUUUCAACCCGAAGAAGCAGCAACUUUCUGACGACGAAGAAGCAUUACUCUCUUCAACCCAAAAAAAAAAAAAAGAGAGGUUGAAACGGAAGAGAGGCUGGUCUUUGGUCCUCUCUUUGUCCACUCUCUACCGUCGAUUAGAACAGAUCUGCGUAAUCAAGGAGACCAAUAAUAUUAGUCAAGUCGGAUAUUCGAUCUUUGGACCUGUUGGAUCGGAAUUGAAUCCGAAUGGUUCGAUCGGGUAAUUUAAGCGUCGAUUCGUCGGCUAGCCAUCGGCGGACGCCGUCUCGAACGGUGACGUUGGGUCAUAUACAGCCUCAGGCUCCGUCUUAUCGAACCGUCUACUGCAAUGAUCGAGAUUCCAAUAUGCCCGUCCGCUUCAAGGGUAAUUCAAUUUCUACAACAAAGUAUAAUGUUUUCACCUUUCUGCCCAAGGGUCUGUUUGAACAGUUUAGGCGCAUAGCAAACAUAUACUUUCUUGGAAUCUCCUGUCUAUCAAUGACACCUAUAAGCCCUGUGAGUCCAAUAACAAAUGUAGCUCCGUUGUCAAUGGUGCUUCUCGUCUCUCUUAUUAAAGAGGCUUUCGAAGACUGGAAACGGUUUCAAAAUGAUAUGUCCAUAAAUAAUAGCACAGUGGAGAUCUUACAAGACCAACAGUGGGUACCUAUUCCUUGGCGAAAGUUGCAAGUUGGAGAUAUUGUCAAGAUAAAAAAAGAUGCGUUUUUUCCAGCCGAUAUUCUUUUCCUGUCCAGCACUAAUCCUGAUGGUAUCUGCUAUGUUGAGACUGCAAAUCUGGAUGGAGAAACAAAUUUAAAAAUAAGAAAGGCCCUUGAAAGGACAUGGGAUUACUUGGUACCAGAGAAAGCCUCUGAGUUUAGAGGUGAAAUUCAGUGUGAGCAACCGAACAAUUCACUGUACACUUUCACCGGGAAUCUUGUAGUACAAAAGCAGACGUUACCUCUCUCUCCCGACCAGCUUUUAUUGCGUGGAUGCAGUCUUAGAAACACAGAAUACAUAGUUGGAGCUGUUGUUUUUACUGGCCAUGAGACGAAGGUGAUGAUGAAUGCGAUGAAUGCUCCUUCCAAAAGAAGUACGCUGGAAAAGAAGCUUGACAAACUCAUUAUUACAAUAUUUUGUGUCCUUAUCACAAUGUGUCUAAUUGGAGCUAUAGGCUGUUCAAUUGUGACGGAUCGUGAGGACCUAUACUUGGGUCUUAAGAAGUCAGAUUGGGAAUACCGUAACAGACUCGCGAUAGGGUUUUUCACCUUUUUCACUCUAAUCACUUUGUUCUCAUCAAUUAUACCAAUCUCCCUUUAUGUUUCUAUAGAGAUGAUCAAGUUUAUCCAGUCGACUCAGUUUAUCAACCGAGAUCUCAAUAUGUAUCAUGCUGAAACAAAUACCCCUGCCUCGGCCAGGACUUCCAAUUUAAACGAGGAGCUUGGACAGGUGGAAUACAUAUUUUCUGAUAAAACUGGAACGCUGACAAGAAAUUUGAUGGAAUUCUUUAAAUGUUCAAUUGGAGGAAUAAGUUAUGGAUGUGGUGUCACUGAGAUAGAAAGAGGAAUCGCUCAGCGUAAUGGCUUAAAAGUACACGAGGAAGAAAGGUCGACUGGUGCAAUAAGAGAAAAGGGAUUUAAUUUUGAUGAUCCAAGGCUAAUGCGGGGAGCUUGGCGAAAUGAGCCUAAUCCUGAUCUUUGCAAGGAACUCUUUCGAUGCCUAGCCAUCUGUCAUACAGUCCUUCCUGAAGGUGAUGAGUCCCCUGAAAAGAUCGUAUAUCAAGCUGCAUCUCCAGAUGAAGCUGCCCUAGUUACUGCCGCCAAGAAUUUUGGUUUCUUCUUUUACAGGCGUACUCCAACUAUGGUGUAUGUUCGCGAGUCUCACGUGGAGAAGAUGGGAAAGGUUCAAGAUGUGGCCUAUGAGAUACUUAACGUUCUUGAGUUCAACAGUACAAGGAAGCGCCAGUCUGUUGUAUGCCGUUACCCAGAUGGAAGGCUUGUACUCUACUGUAAGGGUGCAGAUAACGUAAUCUUUGAGAGAUUGGCCGAUGGUAUGGACGAUGUUAGGAAAGUUACAAGAGAACAUUUGGAACAUUUUGGAUCUUCUGGAUUGCGUACCCUUUGCCUGGCCUAUAGAGAUUUAGACCCCGAAACCUAUAAUAGUUGGAAUGAAAAAUUCAUCCAGGCCAAAUCUGCAUUGCGAGACCGUGAGAAGAAGUUAGAUGAGGUAGCAGAACUUAUCGAGAAGGAUCUUACCCUCAUCGGAUCAACUGCAAUAGAAGACAAACUUCAAGAAGGGGUGCCUAACUGCAUAGAGACCUUAUCAAGAGCUGGAAUUAAGAUCUGGGUGUUAACAGGGGACAAAAUGGAAACGGCUAUUAAUAUUGCUUAUGCAUGCAACUUGAUCAACAAUGAUAUGAAACAAUUUAUCAUCAGUUCUGAAACGGAUACAAUCAGGGACGCACAAGACAAGCUAUUAAGAGGUGAUCAAGUUGAGAUUGCUCGUGUUAUCAAAGAAGAAGUAAAGAAGGAGCUGAGAAAGAGCCUUGAAGAAGCUCAACUCUAUAUGCAUACCGUAGCUGGACCAAAAUUGGCUCUCGUUAUUGAUGGAAAGUGUUUAAUGUAUGCAUUAGACCCGAGCUUACGCGUAACGCUGCUCAGCUUGAGCUUGAACUGUACGUCAGUUGUAUGCUGCCGUGUUUCUCCGUUACAGAAAGCACAGGUGACAAGCUUGGUGAGAAAAGGCGCAAAGAAGAUUACUCUUAGUAUUGGUGAUGGUGCCAACGAUGUUAGCAUGAUUCAAGCAGCUCAUGUUGGUAUAGGAAUAAGUGGGAUGGAGGGAAUGCAAGCUGUGAUGGCUAGUGAUUUUGCCAUCGCUCAGUUCAGAUUUCUUACUGAUUUGCUUCUUGUCCAUGGACGGUGGUCAUAUCUUAGAAUCUGCAAGGUGGUCAUGUAUUUCUUCUACAAGAAUCUUACCUUCACUUUGACUCAGUUUUGGUUCACAUUUCGAACUGGAUUUUCUGGUCAAAGGUUCUACGAUGAUUGGUUCCAGUCAUUGUAUAACGUUUUUUUCACCGCUCUUCCUGUCAUUGUCCUUGGGCUGUUUGAGAAGGAUGUGAGUGCGUCCCUUUCGAAGAGAUACCCAGAACUGUAUAGAGAGGGAAUACGUAACUCAUUUUUCAAAUGGAGAGUCGUAGCAGCAUGGGCUACUUCUGCUGUGUAUCAGUCUCUCGUCUGCUAUCUCUUCGUGACCACCUCAUCUUUUGGUGCUAUAAAUUCAUCAGGAAAAAUAUUUGGUCUCUGGGAUGUUAGCACACUAGUUUUCACAUGUCUGGUGAUUGCCGUGAACGUGCGCAUUCUUUUGAUGAGCAAUUCCAUUACAAGAUGGCAUUAUAUCACAGUCGGUGGGAGCAUUCUUGCAUGGCUCGUUUUUGCUUUCGUAUACUGCGGGAUUACGACACCACGUGAUAGAAAUGAAAAUGUCUACUUUGUCAUAUAUGUGCUGAUGAGUACAUUCUAUUUCUACUUCGCAUUGCUGCUUGUUCCCAUUGUUUCUCUUCUAGGCGAUUUCAUCUUCCAAGGGGUUGAGAGAUGGUUCUUCCCAUAUGAUUAUCAGAUCGUCCAAGAAAUCCAUAGGCACGAGUCGGAUGCAAGCAAGGCGGAUCACCUGGAAAUAGAGAACGAGCUCACACCUCAAGAAGCGAGAAGCUAUGCGAUAUCCCAAUUGCCUAGGGAGCUCUCCAAGCACACUGGAUUUGCAUUUGAUUCACCAGGUUAUGAAUCUUUCUUUGCGUCCCAGUUGGGUGUUUAUGCGCCACAGAAGGCAUGGGAUGUGGCAAGGAGAGCCAGUAUGAGGUCACGGCCAACAGUACCAAAGAAGAAGUAGAACUGAUAUAUACACAUUAUUGCUGAUUGGGGGGUUUGUUUUUGUUAGGCCUUAGUUUUAAAAUAUAUGUAGAAAUGUACCUUUCAAGGUGUUUACUAAUGAUCGUUUUACGUUUGUGUUUUGAUUUGAACGCCAUUUUUAUAGCUCCACUUAUAAACUCAGGCAAGCAUUAGGGUACUUUUUCUCCAUGUACUUUUUUUCUUUCUGAACACCACUUUUUCCCCAUGUACAUACAUUCGAUUUACCCCUUUUGAGGUCAUUUGUCUCGUUUUUA